CGGCAAUAGAGAGCAGCACAAUUAGCCAACUUCCUUUCAUAAAUUUUUUUUCUUUUCUCGCGGUAUUCCUUUGCUUGUCGAUUGCAUGCAUGCAUUGCAUUAUCUGAGCUGGGGUUGGGGUCCUGCAUUGUUGCAUCAAGAAAUCUUCAUUGUUAUCCGGUCGACUGCAGCAUUAUUGGUUCAGGCUACGACAUCUAUGGAGUUAUCGGAUAUAUUCUCAAUUCUACGGAGCCGGUGUUCAGUGUGUGACGAUUUACUCUGGUUACUUUUUCUUUUCCUGUUCUAUAGAUAUUAUCUUGGUCCCUUAGGCAUGUUGAAGGCUUGGGAAGCCGACUUAGAGCAUUAGAUUGACGCACUGUUUACUUAGACUUGUGGGGCUGGAGUCACUCGCUACUGACGUCUAUUCAGUUAACCAUGUGGGCUGAAUGUA